AUGAUGCAGCAACAACAACAGACCUAUCCUUAUACCCAGGCUGCAAAGGCUGCAGCUGCUGCACAGCAUGCCCAUGCUGCUUCAGUAGUACACACACCAGCCUACACCCAGACACAAAAGUUCAAGAACCACUUCCAGGCAGGCGCUGUUUCCCUUUCGCUCUCAUAUGCAGUAAUGCACCCAUUGGAUACUCUCAAGACCAGAAUGCAGGUCCCCGGAGGAUCAGGCAUCGCCUGGUCUGCGGUCUUUACCCGCGAAACCAUCCGCUUGCUUGGAAAGGGCUUCCUCGUCAGCUCCAUCGGUGCUGGUCUUCAGGGAGGUGCACGGUUCUCGUUCUACGAGCUUACAAAAUCAUAUCUUUUGCCACCAACAUCGCGCUUCCAAACCGGACUUAACCCACCACAACACCCCUGGUGGCUCCCAACCCUCUCGCCCAUCCCCGCAACAGCCAUCUCAGCCAUCAUCGGUGACCUCGCCUCCUCAGUCAUCAAGGUACCCCGUGAGGUCAUCACCUCCAGACUGCAGACAGGAUACUACGUCAACGUACCAAAUGCACCAGUAGGAGGUGUCGAUGCCGGAUAUGUCUUCAGAGCUGUCUUGAGGGACGAGGGCGUACGAGGACUCUUCCGUGGAUUCUGGAGCACGACUGCGCGCGAUUGCCCCUUCAUGGUUAUCCUCUUUACGACCUACGAGAAUUUCAAGGCUUACCACACCCGUAAUCUUGUCACCCAGAUCACAUCCGACCCCAAUUACAUCGCCAGCUCACCCGUCGAGGUCAAGAUUCCACCGAUGACAUCGACCUUGUUCGGAGGGAUUUCUGGGUUCUUGGCUGGAUACUUUACGACGCCCAUGGACGUCAUUCGAACCAGAAUCAUGACCUUUAAGAAGGCCGCCGGUGCAAAGGUCGCCAUGCAGGAGAUCACCAUGACGGGCAUCAGCAGAGAGAUGUACAACCAGGCGGCGAUGCAGGCCUUCAAGUCGAGCGCGCAUUCGAACGCUGUUGUUCGAUCCAUGCGACAUGGCCAGAGCGUAUACAGCGCGUUCUUUGUAGGCGCCAUUCCCAGGAGUCUCUGGUGGUUCUGUGUAUGCUCCAUCUUCUUUUCGACAUACGAGAUCAUGAAACAGAACCUUAUGCCAUUGGACUAUGAACCGGCUGCCAAACCAGUAGUAGCAGUAUCCAACUAG